GGGGUUGGGGUGUAUCAACCUUUUUCCCCAGCCCAUAUCUUGAAAGGGUCCUGGGCCAAUCUUGGGGCACGCUUGGGCGCGUGCCUGGACUGAAUGGGAGUUCAAAUACAUCCUUCGACUCCUGAGUUCUGAUCUUGCUGCUCUUCCUUGUCGCUCAUUGCAGGAGUACGUGUGUAUCGCAUCUAUCGCUGGCCAUCUUCGCCUGACUCUCCGGCUUAAGUCAACUCAAGCCUCGAAGAUCAGAGCACCUGCGCCGCCUGGCCGUGCCUCAUGAGGCUCUGCAGGAAGAUAUAACAAGGUCGUCUUUGUCCAUUCGUGCUUUGUUUACCUUCAUCCUAAGGGGUACAAUACACUGGUGCUUGUAACUCUUUGAGUCUUGACGACCCCAUUUAUAUCUUCUUUCGCGCAAGCACCUACCUCGUCGUCGCCUUUUCGUCAUGUCGCCAGUGACUACGUCUUCACCUUCACCACCACCAGUCGGUACAUACAUCGAUAAUGGUACCCUCCAGCUUGUCGAGAUCCUUGGCUACGGCGGAUACGGCAUCGUCUAUCGUGCGAUCCCCACCAUGUAUUCUACCGCGAAUCCACCAUCAUACGCUGUGAAAUGUCUUCCUGCCAAACGACCCUCAUCGUCGACCCUUUCACGGCAUCGGACUCGGGACCCUCAUCUGCAUGAGACGCAUCUUCACACUCUUGCUUCGAGUCCGCCUCAUCCAAACAUCAUCACUCUCCAUAAGUCCGUUGUUGACCCUAUCUCGCAACACACCUACAUCAUUAUGGAUCUUGCACCGGGUGGUGACCUGUUCACGCAAAUUCUUCACAAGAGGGCUUUUCUUGGGCACGGAGAGCGCAUUCGAAACGUGUUUUUGCAACUGAUCGAGGCUGUUGAGCGAUGCCACGACCGUGGCGUUUAUCAUCGUGACUUGAAGCCGGAGAACAUUCUCUGUUGGGACACUGACGAGGAUGUCAAGGCCCGUCGCAGGAACUCUCAGGAGAUGCGGGUUGCUCUGACCGAUUUUGGCCUUGCUACUCGGGACAUCUGGAGUAAGGAAUUCAGAACCGGUAGUGUCUACCACAUGUCUCCUGAGUGUCACGGUCCUGCUUCGCCGUCCUCCUCUUUGACUUCCACUGCUACAUCUACGCUUGCCGGCUAUUCGCCCGCGCAUUCUGACCUUUUCUCACUCGGGAUCAUCCUCCUAAACCUCAUUACAGGCCGUAACCCCUGGAAGUCCGCUUCACCGACGGACCCUACAUUCCAAGCCUAUUGCCGCGAGCCUCAAACAUUCCUUAUGUCCGUUCUUCCUAUCUCUCGGGAAGUGAACGAUGCACUCGUCGGCUCAUUUUCCGGUCGAGACGCUUCUGGCGGACUUCUCAGCCUGAACCCCAGCCAGCGACUUCCGGGUGGAUUCGAGGGCUUGAAGCGACGAAUUUCUUCCAUCAGAGAGUUCUACAGUCCUGACGUCGUAUUCGAAGGCGGUAUGGCUCGAUGUGGUUGGGAGGUCGAGAGUGGUCCAGCUCCUGAGGAGGAGUCUGACGAUGAGGAUGAACAUGGAAGUUUCGUGCGUGGACCUGAGGAGCCAGAGCAGCACGAGGAAGACGUGCAGGUAGAAGAAGUCGAUCCUGCCAAGCUCGAAGCAUGGCAGACCGAACCUCAAGUAGAUACCGCUGCUUGGCAAGGUUCCAGUCCUACUUCACAUUGGAGUAGCUCAACAGACGGAGACUCCGAGAUGGUGUUUGCUCCUCAUCACCGACCGGCCCAGCUCUCUUGGGUACCGACACCUUUGACCCCGAGGUCCCAAACCCCAACGUCUGUCCACUUCACCAUCUCUCGAUCACGAUCGUCUCGACCUCUCGUAUUCUCUAGGCCUUCGCCAUCAUCCAGCGGUAGCGAGUAUUCAUCAGGUACUCCCGAACCACCUGUUACUCCACCUGCGACUUCGAUGGCUGGACGUGUGAGACUUCGUCUCGAUACGAACUUGGGUACUGGUGCGGGAGUUGGCUCAGGGUUCGAACAAAAUCUCACCCCCGCGUCGCGCACGACGCUUGUUUCCAGGUCGCCUUAUACCCUUCGUUCUGGUGUUUCGCCUUUUGCUACUCAUGCAGUUACUCGUUCUCCAUUCGCUCGCAUACAGCCCAACUCCCCGUUCGACAGCACUACCAUGCUCAUGGGGCGCGACGGGGAUGAGAUAGAAGAAGAGAUGAGGACUGCUAUUGAGAUGGAGAACAUGGGCUUCUGGAUGGGUAGCGACGAUGAGUUGAUUCCCAUUCCUAUGCCUCUGUCGGCGAAGUCUCCUCUGGACCAGCAACCUCUUCCGAUUCCUCGACGAGACGCUGGCUACGGCGAUUCGUUUUAUGACUCAUCGACGGACAGCAGCGAGGAUGAGUCUGAAGACGACGUCAGGAUGAGUUUGGCUAGGAGUUUCGGACCGGAGGAGGGUAUGACUGAUGUCGGAAUGGAGUUCACGUACACGUACUCCGAGUACGAAUACUCCUACUCUACGCCUGACGAAGCUGUGGAGAACACGACCCAAGAUCAUCGGAUGUCUGUCAUAUCGACUACGACCACCAUCGCCACCGGUGUUGCUAUAGGGGAAGAUCCAAGCAGAAUGUCCAUCGUUGCAACUACGCCGACUUCUGCGAUACCCAACGAGAAUAGGAUGUCGAUCAUCCCAUCUAUUCCAACCCCAACUGAUGGUGACAUUACAGUUCCUCCUGCGAGACCCGAGUCACCCAUCCUCGGUCUGAGUUUCCUCCCACUACCGUCAUCGUCCGCUCAACCUGUGUCGAUGCCGGAACCAUCUCAGCCGAUCCCUAUACCUGCUCCCACUAUCCGAGACGGUUCGUAUCGAUACCACGAGGCUGAGGCAAGGCGAGAAGCUGCAACGUACUCCUUCCUUACCACUGAUCCUGCUCUGGCCAACGUCGAUGGAACGUCAUCGUUUACAGCACCUUCGUUCUCACUCUCCGCAUACCCUUCUUCUUCUUGUGCUCCCACUUCGCGAACGUUGAACCGUGACAGCGGUCUCACUCUAACGGACGAGAGCUGGUCGUUUUUCACGUCAACUGAUCUCGAUCUCGAUUUCAAGUUGACCUCACCAACUUCGCCGGCACCUUUGCCAAUUCGACCUCCUCCAUCGCCUCCCAUUCAUUAUCCAGCCCUCUCGAGGUCUUCGCGCUCACGGUCCAGGCGACCUAGUCGCAAACCUCGGGAAAGGACUAUCGAAAGGAAGUCUCGCGCCGUUGCCGCUUCUGCUGCUGGACCCUCAACCGCUGCAACGCGAGACGACAAGGGAAACAGUGUUCGACGCACCGCUUCGAGCUUUCUCAGCCUCAGUCUGAGUUCGAUGGGACUUGGCGGCUUCAAGAAAAGUCGUGAACCCUCUCCUGCUCCUCCUGCAUCGAGCGCUACCACCGCCAACGGCACCAAACCCCCUCCUCCGACUCCUUCAUCUUCGAAUCCUUCCACCCAGACCCAGACGCCUCAAAUCCACGGCCAAUUCUCCACACAUUGGACUUUGAGCACAUCGAUAUCCAUCUGUACUGCUCGUGAGCAGGGUCGAGGUCGAGGUGCUGGUGAAGUCCGGAGGAGACGCAGACUGCGGUCGCCUUUGAGGGGAUGGUUUUCGCCUGCUUGACGCUGUUCUUUUUGUUUCUCUCACUGUGUUUUCCUUGGGUUUUAUCCCUUUAUCCCAUCGCCUCACACUCAUCGUCAUGGUCCCUCGCAUUGCAUUCAUACACUCAUCUGUGACAUACAUCACACGCAUCACACGCAUCCUAUCUUAUUCGUCUCAAGCAUAAGAUUUUUAUUGUAUUUUUAUCUCGGUAGAGCCGUGUGCGUUUUCAUUCAUAUCACACCUUGUCACGACCCUCACGUUCAAACUGUAUCUUUCACGCCACUUCACUGGUCGUGGUUGUACUAUGUCUUGUGUUUUAGGUACAGGGUCAAUUUCAUGUAUGAUAUACCUUACUCCACGUCUUGUAUGCAAAAUAUGACAUAUGAAUUCCAGCAUAGACGAAUGCAAACAAAGAGUGAAUGGCAACGAAAGCGCAGCAAAUCAAGAAUCAUUCGAGAU